UGGCAAAAAAAAAAGGUUUCCGGAUAACCCCUAUGUGGGCUUUCACACACAUAUUCUGUUUUUUAUAGUAGUGAAAAAUAUAUAUGUACAUACAUACAAGCUUUUGUUUUUGCGUAAAUUCUACCUCCAAAAGCACAGCUUUUAGCCCAUUAGCUAGAAAGCCAUGGCCUCUCAGCCCUUCACUAAAAAACUUACAGCUACUGAUAUCAACAAGAGGUUGGCGAUUCCGGGAAAAAUCCUGCCUUCUUUGCCAGCCUUCAAUGGAGGCCAUGCAGUCAGGAUUCAGCUAAUGUAUGGGACAGUGAUCUGGCCAAUUGACUGCACUGUUCGGAAAAAUGGGACAGAGAUCUGGCCAAUUGACUGCACUGCCGUAAUACUUUCCGUGAUGUUGCUACAUUUUACCGGUUUCUUUGUAGGGUACAUAUCAGCAACAAUUUGUAGUUCCGAGAAGCAGAGCGACGAGCAAUAUUAGUCGAGGUUGGCAUGCAAAAUUCUUCAUUAGGAGUGGUGUUGGCAACAACUCAUUUCAGUUCUCCAGUUGUAGCGUUACCGCCUGCCAUGUCGGCAGUGAUUAUGAAUAUAACGGGUAGCAGCUUAGGCUUCUUUUGGAGACAGAUCAGUGGUUCAAAACAGGAACUUGAAGAUCAAGAGUGAGUGUUGCAGGUGACCUUUAUUGCACGAGGAGACGUUUCGUUAUCGACGGUAAUGACGGUUUGCACUACUCUUGGUGCAGUGAUCCUCACACCUCUUUUGACUGUGAUUCUAGCAGGAACAUAUGUUCCUGUUGAUGCUAUUGGACUUUCCAUCAGCACCCUGCAGGUGGUCGUGGCUCCGGUUUUGCUCGGUUCUUACCUACAAAGCACAUUUCCUUUGGUGGUGAAAAUGAUUACACCAUUUGCUCCUUUAUUUGCCGUUUUACUUUCAUCGCUAGUUGCAUGCAGCGUUUUCUCGGGAAAUGUCGUCCGUUGUAAGUCCUCAAUAGUUUAUGCAUCAUUGGCUUCCGAUGCCUCUUUAGUCUCACGCCUCCAAUCAUUAUUAUCCGGAGACCUCGGUGCCGUAAUACUUUCCGUGAUGUUGCUACAUUUUACCGGUUUCUUUGUAGGGUACAUAUCAGCAACCAUUUGUAGAUUCCGAGAAGCAGAGCGGCGAGCAAUAUCAAUCGAGGUUGGCAUGCAAAAUUGUUCAUUAGGAGUGGUGCUGGCAACAACUCAUUUCAGUUCUCCAGUUGUAGCGUUACCGCCUGCCAUGUCGGCAGUGAUUAUGAAUACAAUGGGUAGCAGCUUAGGCUUCUUUUGGAGACAGAUCAGGGGUUCGAAACAGGAACUUGAAGAUCAAGAGUGAGGUUGAACUUGAAAAGUGAAACUCACCCUUUUUUUUUCUUUCUUCUUCAUUAUUUUGUAUGUAUGUUAAUGUAUGUAAUCAUCAAAGUCAAUGUUGUGUGUAUUUUACAUCGAAGGGGAAAUACAAAUAACAUGUUUUGCAUUAAUUAGACUGGUAAUGACAGCGAUGAAUCAUUAACCAUUAUUCUUA